AUGACCGCCCCAUCAACCCUGCCCGUCGUAACGCUGACGGCCACAGCCCCGACCCCGACCUCGCUCCUCCUGCCGACCAUAAUCGCCACGAGCGUCUCCCCCGUCAGCGCCACCGUCACCCUGCAAAACCACUCCUCCUCCCCCCUCUCCGUGACCCUCACGCUGUCUGCCAAUCUCCGCCCGCUCCUCUCCCUGGCUACCUACUACACCGCCACGCCGCCGCAGCCAUCCCCCGCGGCCUCCGCCAACCUCAACCUGCUUCACCGCUCCACCACCUCGUCGCUGCCUCUAACCCUUCCCCCGCAUUCGUCCACCCCUCAUCCCAUCCACUUCGUCCCCUCGCUCGCCGCCCCCGCCCACGCCUCUCUCACCACCCUCUCCUCUAUCUCCGGCCGUCUCCUGCUCCACUUACCCCCUCGCCGCUCCCCCCUCUCCUCGCUCAAGCUUUCGGCCACCCUCUCGCUCUCUCGCCUCCUCGUUUCCCCUCCUUCCCUCCCGUUUGGCCACAUCCCCGCCCUCGUCGAAUCCACCCAAGCGCUCAACGUACGCAACGUCUCCCCAGUUCCUACCUCCUUCCUACUCUCCGCCUCCUCCCUAGAUCUUACCUUUCUGCAUGCACGGAAGCGCACCCGGCUGCCUCGCGCGGCCAUCCGCGUCCCGCCGUUUGCCUCCCGUCGAGUCCUCUGCGCCGUCCGCCCGCACGCCCCGGGCUCCCUCAACGCCACCGUCGCCGUCGAAGACGUCCACAAUCCCCAUGCCAUGCUCCGCGUCCCGGUCACUGCCGUUGUAGCCCCGCCUGUCGCUGGCGCUUUCGAAACCGACUGCGGGCCCGAGCUUCACUUCGGCGACUGUUACUCUUCGUGCAGCGUCUACAAAGAUAUUGCUGUCACCAGCAAGACCUCACAUCGCAUUUCAUUGUCGUUUGCCUCGAAUAGACGCCAGCAAGUCACGUUCGAGCUGCUGCCGCAAUGGAGUUUGGAUUCCGAGGCCGUGGACAUGAAGAAGGAGCCGGAUGCCAUGAUUACGCCCUGGCGGGAGGAUCUCGUUCGCGGAGAGGUUGAGAGACCAAUGUCACGGAGCCACCGUGCCUUUUCCGGUGCGCUGCAGUUGCCGAUAGACGAUGGCGCGAGCAGCGUCGUCACUCGUUACGGUUCCGGGUCGUCGUUGUCUACGCAGCAACAGCCAUCCACUUCUGCUGAAGCGAUGGACGCAGAUGGUAGACUCGUCGCUUCGAUCGCGAGUAAGACCCGGCUGACAGAACAGGUCACUUUAGCUGCCGGCGAGACGCGCACGGUGAGAGUUUGGUUCUUGCCGCUCGUCCUUCCCACACUGGAUGCUUUCGGGCCUUCAUCGGAUUUGGACCGCGGCCGCUUGCGCCCUGACAGCUUUCAAAUUAUAUUCAAGCUUUCGUCGGAAGAAAGUCGUGUAGUGGAGGGGAAGGCAAGAGUGUGCGAGUCUAUGUUGCGGUUGGAGCGAAACGAAACGCAUUUAGGGAAUUGUGAUGUGCUUACUCAGUACCCUUCAUCGGUGAGCAUUAUCAAUUGCUCCGACUUACGAGCCUCUGCCACUAUCGAUUAUGUCUCUCAAAGUGUAGUGGCGGAUAAUCAUGAAAUCGUCAUUGAGCCGCGGAAAGCUUUUGAUGUUGCUUUAACGUUUGUGCCGCGCCAAGUAAACCCGAAUUACCACAAGGAAAUCACGGUAACGAACAAGAGGAAUCCAGAACAUCCUAGUUUGGUCUUCACUUUGCGUGCAAAUUGUAUCGAUGGACAAGGGGUUAGUUUACACGCCCUGUUUUACAAAAUCCUUGCUCCUACCCAGACAAAUGAAAUUGACUUUGGUGUAACUGUCGCCAAUCACAUGGCAAUUCGUGCCUUCAAGGUCCGGAACAUCACGCAAGGGCGACUCAGGUUGAAAUUCAAUGGGGCAAAAGGGAUAAAGACAUACGUUCCCACGCAGAGAGACAACCAGCCGGCGAAUGCGUCGGUCGCGCAUGAGAACAGCGAUAAAAUACGUUCGUUCACGGGCGAGAAUGUCUCAGACCAGAAAAGCUUGCCUGGGCUAAAGACAGAUGCCUGCGAUUUUACGGCAUUGCGGAAUGUAAACGCACUUGUCGAAGAUCACAUAUACUACAAGGGAAACAAAUCUGGCAAGUCACUGCGUCUGAAACGACGUGCUGGUUUCGGGGACGAAAAAGUGUGCACACUCAAUGAGGGUGAAAGAAAGGCAUUUGGUGAAUUCAAUCACUUGAACUCACUUGCAAGCAACCAUCUGGGAAAUAGCAACACGGGGCUCCGAACAGUUGGUGAAAGUAGACGAAGUUGGGAAUCGUUUCUCAGGCAGCUAACAGAGAGAGAUUACGCAAUGCUUGAUUCCAUGCCCAUGUUCUUUUCCAACUACGCAUCCGAAAUGAGUUACUCGGAUCGGCAGUUUCGACCUGCUCGUCGUCUGCAAGGUGCUCUACAGGAUGGACUACUGGAAGAUACAGGCAUUGUAACUCUCGGCGCCGGCGCGGAGCAGCUACUCGUUGUGACCAUGAAUCUAUGUGACAUGGAUGUCAAGGGCAAGACGAAGACCAGACCGAUUGAGAAGGAAUUGACUGUACAAAUGCUAGAAUUUGAUCAUACGCGGUUUUCAGACGCCGCACCCACGAAUUCCAAGGAGGUGAAUCGGAUGGCAAGGCUUUUUGAGGUUGAUGGUGACUCUAUGCCCCGUGCAUUGAUUUUAACAGUACAUGCCUGUAAGAGUCGGAUGAAAAUUGCUCCAUUAAGUCAGCUGAACUUCGGGCGCAUCGCUUGCGGUGAGCAAAAGGACAAGACGUUUUCGAUCGUUAACUUGUCUGAAGCACCGCUUUUGUAUGAAAUCAGGAAGGCUAAUGCUGAAUCUAGUGACCAGUUGCGAUUCAAUCUCGGGAAGGGCACCCGCGGAGUAGUGAGACCGUACUUGUCCAAGACUGUUCCUUUCAUUUACACUCCGACGAUAGAAGGAAUGUUCGAAGAGAAAAUUGUCAUAGAAAACCGGCUAGAUCGUUCUGCGAACUGUGAACUUGUUGUGAAGGCAGCGGUUGCCAAGGCUCUACCCCUGACAUGAUGCGAGCAAGCAUCGCAGUACUGCCGCACUUUCCGUUUCCAUCUUUUUCAAAAAAAAUACUGAGAAUCAGACUGCACUGUUCAUGUCACAUGUGGAAAGGCGGCACGAAACAAAGAGGGAGUGAAACUUGAGCAACAGCGGUUGUAUAUGUACAGUAUGUCGUGCACAGAAGCGCGUGAAGCAACACGAAAGACGUGGUGGGGUUCGCGUGCGGCAGAGGAUGCCGGGCGGGAGGGAUGAAAGGGCCGAGCGCAGGGCCGAGUUGCGCCGACCGCUGAGGAAUGAGUCCUGGAGGAAAGGGUAAUGGACCAGUGGCAUUGGACCUCUUCCCUCAUGUGAGGCAAGAUGUCCAGAUCCAGAGCCUGUGAAGUUCACGGUAACCUUCGUCAGUGCUCUUGCGCAACUCCAGGAUAGAGUUUAUCCUCUAUCCGAUCGACAUCGCCACUUUUCCCAAGAGCCUCGAAGGCACCCAUUAUUGAACGUAACAGCUUUUACAACGUCAAACGUGCGCAUUACCCCGCGGCACAAAUUGGUAACAUGGCAAUAAUACGAUGCAUAAAAAGCCAACGUGCAAGUCUUGGCCGCAA